AUCAUAAUUAGUACAUACACAGCCUUUAUUGUGUAACCUUAUGUCUGCCAAUUAUGGACAAUAAACAAACGUGAGCAGACAAAUAAAUAAUGAUCCCGUGUCACCUUGAGAAAUUGACAAGCGUGUAUAGUAUCAGUAAGUAAAGCGAUAAAAUGACCCGGAUUUACAGAUAUAAAUAGAAUCGGUUUACCUUACGCUUGGAUAACAUCAAUACCUUAUCGGUGAACAAGCAAAAUGUUAAGGAUAUUGUAUUAUUAGUUGUAACAGCAGAUGGCAAAAUUUGUGUCACUUAAAAGAAGUAAAAGUGAGCAGGAUUUAAACGAUUCGCCAACAUCGGAGGAGAAAACACACAAUGGGAUUAAACUUCUGGUUCAGUUAGCUGAGGGCGACCUCCCGGUACUCGAAUUUCUGAACGACUAUAUACAAGACUUUUUAGACGGCAGUUAUCAUGGAAACACGGAAUUUUACCUGCGAUCUCAUCAAUUUGUCUCACAACUGGAGCAGUUUUACCGCGAAAAGAACUCCCAGUGCCCAUAUUAUCUUAUAUCCUUUUUCCGGCACAUCAUUACUCUUGUAUCAGAAACGUUGUUUCUUUCUGCGUCAAGUGACGUUUGUAAAGUUGCUGUAGACUCAGUCGUGGUUACUUCACCCAGGGUCAAGGUCAGAUUACGAGAUUUACGAGCAAACGUUGCUGAAAUUCAGGACUUGACUAUUAAACUAGAAAUUGAUAUAAUUAGGCAUUUAAAAGAUAGUAAAAACUUUCAUUUAAACAAAUUUGAUUCAAAAGCUGUGAUAACUCAAACUGAGCAAAUAUGGCGGUUACUUCGACGAUGUGAGACACCGAUGAAGGACGUUACCAUGGCAGUAGAAAAGAAAGCGCUCGCUGACAGGGGUUUCUUUCAGAAAGCGUCUUUGGGGAUAGGGGCAGUUUGUGCAGGUCGUUUCUUGUGGUCGUUAUGGCAAGGUGAGGACCAAGAACAACUAAUAAACGCAGCUUUGUGGUCGGUUGGUACGGGUGUUUCUGGUGCAGUUUUACAGAUACCACGAGCACGUGCAGAUAGAAUCCUAGAAGAACUGGCACGACAGAAAGGAAAGAAAGAAGACUUGCAGGACAUACUUAAACAUUGGCUUAUAGAAUCAGAUGGUCUUUGUGCAAAGUUGGUCCUUUACUCUUCUUUUAGCGGAAAGUAAUUCUAACACGAAAAUUGACUGAGAAAUUGAAGCUUAUUUAUUAACACGCAUUUAUAUCAUUUCAAUGUUCUUAUUAACUUAUUGUAUUUUUCUGAUAUAUAAUAUAGUAUUUGAAUGAAAUGAUAUUGUAACAAUUUUCUUGCCAUAAAGUUCAGUGGAAUCCAUCAAUGGCCAUUUGUUAUUUCCCUUUUUAUUGCUUUGUGAACUUCACUCAAUGUAGUGCACACUGACUUUAAUGUGAAACAUAUUUCGGUAACAAAUAUACAUGUUCGACUGUUUUUUUUUAACUUUUUUUUAUUAAUAUUGGGUGUGUUUUUUUUUAUUUCUAAUAUAUUGCAUAGAUAAGAAUAGAAACAAGGUGUUAUGGGUUUUUUUGUAAGGGUAUCUAUAAUGAAUGUAUUAUUUUUAAAAGAAAACUGUUUUAUUUAAAAAUGAAAUGUCACGGUUCAGAACUGUUCACUAAUUAGGGGAGAAGAUGUGUAAGCGGCCGGAUAGCUCAGUCGUUAGAGCCGCGGAACGGUAUUCCGAAAAUCCCGGGUUCGAGUCCUGGUCAGGCUGCACAUUUUUCUCACCCUGUGACAGAAAUAUUGUCAUAAGUCAUUUACGGGUUUAUAUAGUUCGAAGUGUAAUAUUUCCUAAAGAAAGAUAUGGCAGACGAUAAGAUUUUAGGAUUUCUUGACGGGUUGUACUCGGUGUCUGACUGGUUAGUGUUUCUUACUUGGAAACGCUCUUCUUCUCACCGCCAUUGGUUAUGAUUUCGUUAGGGACUUUUCGGUUUUGUAUCAUGUAAGUAAGCUGGAUUUUUAAGAGAGUAAUUCUUAAAUGUGGCACAAAGGGACACAACUUGUGUCUUUUUCAUCCAGUGAUGUUGCAAGUUCGAUAUAAGACUAUUACUGCGUUCAUGCUGAUGAAGUCUAAAGCCCGGUCCGAAACAGUCUUUCAUGCACUCUUUUAUUAUUAGAAAAGAAACAUUUGUUCGUCAAAUUAUGUCAUUCUUUUCGGUAAUGUUAAAUGAAUGCUUUAUUGAAAACUUAUUUAUGCAUGUACUACAUUACUCUACCCUUUCUUGUAUAUCAUAAUAUUUGUUAGACGAUUGUUUGCCAUUGUAAGGUCAGUACAUAAAAAAUUGUUAAUGGGAGCUUAAGUAAGCAAGCACGCUGGAAAAAAAUCCUAUAUUUUUAGCGUUUUCUUUCAUCCAAAGCAUUCUUUUAGGCGAUAUAUAAUUCAUCCCUGGUGUUUUCAGUAGGAAAUGCUAUUUAAAAUAUACCUUAAUUAAUUCAAAAUUAAACAUGCUUGCAUUCGUCGAGAAAUUUCGUUACAAAACAUGUAUUUGGGAAAUAAUUAUUUUUCCCAGAUAGCGUGAUAUGUCACGAAAUCCACAUACUCUACUACGUGAUAAAAUACCAUGGCAAGCGUGUCACCGCUUAUUUCAAUUUAUAACAUGCAUGUUAAAUAGAUAAACUGUUCAUUCUCUUAUCUAUAAGUAUGUUAAAGUAAAUAAAUCACUGAUUAUAACUUACUUGCAUAUGAAUGUAUUUAUCUAAAUGAUUUAUCUAUACAAUGGACUGAUGUUGAAUGGUGUAUCACGAUUUUAAGGAUUUUCCGGAAUAUAUAUUAAUAUAUAUCUGUUUGUUUAACUGCUUAUGGGAUGAAUGGUGAAUAAAUAAGGUUGAACCUAUUUUUAACCCGCUUUAUAGAACGUAUAUAUAUGAGGUUAAUAAAAACUUCACAUGUUGAUAUUAUCCUAACAAUACUAAUGCUGUAUUAUAAUAUAAGCGUUAUGAAAUGAAAGUUCAUAUUUCUGAGUACAAUCUGAAUUACAAUUGCUAAUGUGUAUAAUUAUCAGUAUAUUUAGGAUCUUCUGCUAAGUUUAAAUCUAAACCUGAGCUUAUAGGAUAAUGACAAAUAAUCUAUGAAUUGCUGGCCGUUGAGUUCAAACCCCGUCAAGGGCAAGCCGUAUUUUCCGUGAGCAAGAAACUUUAAACUUAAUUCUCAGUACUGGUUGGAUCAAUAAACGGAUUCGAGAGAGAAAGUUGGUAGCUUGCUACAUAAUCGACCUUAAAUAAAUUUCUGUAUGAACUAAAGAUAAUUAAAAAUGUAAAUUAAACAUUCUAUUAACAUGCAAUUUUGAAACAAUGAUAGAUGCUAUUUUAUAUGAUUAUAAUAAUUGUUAAAUAUUAUAUAGUAUCCUAGUUGAAAAGUGUUUACGACCGACGGAAAAAGUUUGCACCAAAACAAAUGUCUGUUUGUUGAUUGUUUUUGUUUUAUAUUUAAUUUAUUAAUUGUUUUUGCUGUGUUUUUGCUUCAUAUGUCCACGUGCCGUGUUUAUCUACAAUUCAUGAAGCUUUAGAAAGUGCUACAUUACAUAAAAAAUGCAUUUUACAUUGUGUAAGAUUAAAAACUCGUGCACAAUAUUGUUAAAAGAUUAACAUACAGACUUAUUUGUUUGAUCAAUGCAAAAGUUUACAUACCCAUUGUUAUGGUAUUAAUUUAUUCUACUGUUUAAUUAAAUGACUAUUUCAUUAUUUUGUUAUACGAAGACGAGCAUUAUGUACUAGUUAGUACCUUCCGACAUCUAUAUGUAUAUAUAUAUUAUUUUCAUAUAAAUGUAUGUCGACAGUCAUAUUUGAAUGAAAGAACGCCGAACAAUUUUCAUCGUUAAAUGAACUUACAACUAAGUAAAAUAUAGUACUUAGAGUAUAACGCUUAUCUCCCCUGUUGGGUUACUGUCAAAAUGAUAGUCACAUAC